UGAAUAUAAACAUGUUUUGCUUUAAUUAAUUGUGCAGUAGGAUUUUAAAAGAUCAAAUAUAAAAAGUAAUCAAGGCGACAGUCAAGGUCUGAUUUGUGUUUAUUUUAUUUUGAAAAACCAAAAAUAGCGGAAACUCUUCUCUGUGUUGUUUAUUAUUAUUAUGAACUUAACGAGUCAGGAACCGUGUUCACAGGUAAACAAUGUGGCUUUAUUUGACGCCGAGCCGCAGGCUGCUUUCUCUCCGGCGGAGUCUCAUUCAGUAUCGCAGCAUAACAUUAGAAAACAGCGCCAGGAAAGCUGCUGUAGACAAGGUUAUCUCUCCAUUUAGAAGUAUAUGUGGAAAGGACAAUGUCUCUCUGGGCGAAGCCAUCAGAGAACAACAUGGCAAAGAUGAGUCUGUGCACAGAUGUCGACCCCCAGAUGUGGUUGUGUUCCCGCGCUGUGUGGAGGAGGUCAGUGCUCUAGCAAAAGUCUGUCAUGACCACAACCUUCCCAUCAUCCCAUUUGGCACUGGGACGGGCUUAGAGGGAGGGGUUGGUGCGGUGAAGGGUGGUGUUUGCUUCAGUUUGAGGAACAUGGAUCAGAUCUUAAACCUUCACCCAGAGGACUUCGAUGUGACCGUUGAGCCUGGUGUGACCCGGAAAGCCCUCAAUGCCUACCUACGGGACACAGGCCUAUGGUUCCCUGUGGAUCCUGGAGCUGAUGCUUCCCUCUGUGGCAUGGCUGCCACCAGUGCUUCGGGAACAAACGCUGUGCGUUAUGGCACUAUGAGAGAAAACGUCAUGAACCUAGAGGUGGUUUUGUCUAAUGGAACAGUCAUACAUACAGCCGGGAAAGGCAGGCGUCCCAGGUACAGCGUCAACCAUCACAUACACUCUCUAGCCUUGCUUGUUGUAGUUUCAUCAUCUUAUUAUUCUGUUUUCAGGAAAACUUCUGCAGGAUACAACUUGACAAACCUGUUUGUGGGUUCAGAGGGCACAUUGGGGAUCAUUACCAAGACCACGUUAAAGCUGUACGGCGUCCCAGAGGCCAUGGUGUCAGCUGUCUGCUCUUUUCCUUCAGUCCAGGCCGCUGUAGACAGCACCGUGCAGAUCCUGCAAACUGGAGUCCCUAUUGCUCGUAUCGAGUUUCUGGAUGAUGUCAUGAUUGAUGCGUGCAACAAGUUCAGCUCUCUGUCCUACCCCGUCACCCCAACUCUGUUCCUGGAGUUCCACGGGUCAGAACACAGCCUGGAAGAACAAGUCAGCACAGCUGAGGAGAUUACACAGAGUAAUGAAGGGUCAGACUUUCAGUGGGCUCGAGACGCUGACACAAGGAACCGUCUGUGGAAAGCUCGCCAUGACGCCUGGUACGCUGCACAGGCACUGAGACCGGGCUGCAAGGCUUACUCCACAGAUGUGUGUGUCCCUCUGUCGCGACUUCCUCAGAUUAUCGUGGAGACAAAGAAGGACCUGCUUGAGAGCAGGCUGACAGGUCCUAUUGCAGGUCAUGUUGGUGAUGGCAACUUCCACUGUCUGAUGGUUGUGGAUCCAAAUGAUCCAGACGAGCUGCACCAGGUCCAUCUGUUCACAGAGAGGCUGGCCAGGCGAGCGUUGGCCAUGGAUGGUACGUGUACAGGAGAGCAUGGUGUGGGUUUAGGAAAGAGAGCGCUGCUGUGUGAGGAGGUGGGACCUCUGGCCAUUCAGGUCAUGAAGGGACUCAAGGAUAGUUUGGACCCAAGGAACCUGAUGAAUCCUGGGAAAAUCCUCCAAAGAGGAGAGUUAUAAACUGAACUCCCCUAUAGAGGGUGAGAGUAUGGCAUAAGAUUGGAGUAAAAAAUUCAUUAGAUUGUCUGUGUAGUUGUGCAUCAGAAUUCAAUGAAGAAAGUUUUAAGAUUUAUUGCCAUUGUACUUUCUGUUGGUUGCCAGGGCACCUGGAAAACAGAAGAAUACAAAAAAUGUAGCUGCUGUUUUUGUUUUUAAUUACUUGAAAUGAUAAAAAUGUGACAUCAAAUAAUGAGAUUGUAUUAUUGUUGCUGAGGACACCCAGUUAAAGCCUUAUUGAUGUUUGUAAUAUAUUAUUAUGUUUUAUUUCAUUUGUAAAAGUGUUUUUAAAAUGCUACAACAGAAUUAGUUUGGUCUCACUAAAGCUUGAAGUUUCCGCAGUGUUUUUAGUUUUGCUGACUUUAAAUUUUAUGUAGUAAUGUUAUCCUUUGAAUUAUGUUUGUAAAUAGGAAACAAAAGUAAAACCCAAAUAUUACAUCUAUUAUUUUUAAAACAAUAAGAGGUUGAUGCUUGUAUAUAAAUGACAGUGAAGUGAUUUUUCUUUUUCACUGAUUAACUGGAAGGUAAUAAAUACUUUUGAUUAGAAUUUUCUCAAGAAUGGCAUCAAAAAGUGACUAUUUGAUUCAUUAAAUCCCAAACGUCCAUA